CUACUCCCGUUCUACCGACCUCCUCCGUUUUUCUCCCCACCCCGCACCGUUUCACACCGCCUCUUUAUCUUGCGCUGCGCCUCUUCUUCUCCAUCACGAUAAACACAACCCAACAUGGCAAGAUAUUCUCAGCAGUCCUUCGACUUCUACAGCCAGUCGCCAUCUGCUCUCGACUCAAAAGCUGCCUUCUCCGAAGAGGACGAGAUGAGCGUGCUCGACGACAAGAUCCUCGACUCCACCACUCCCGACAUCUCACUCGCUGACCCCCGCCGAACAUCAUAUGACCAGGCCUCAGAGACCUUCUCACAUCGAGAACCUGUCUGGUCGGAUUUCCAAACUGCCUCAAAUCCCCAGUCCCGUCAAGACUCCCAAAUGUCGAAUUCCAUCUUCGAGACGUCGAACAAUCCCUUUGUGCGAUUAGACGCCUCGCAUCCCGCCCCAAACUAUGUACAACAGACCUCAUGGCCUCUCACUCGCGAUUCCGGAUCAUGUACUCCUACCGCCCUGUACGAGCAGUUUCCCCAGGAAUUUGAUGGCGCUUCGUCCGCUCCCUUCGCCGGCGGCGCCGUCGGUCCCGUCUCCUCCAUCAACUUCCCUCAGAUGCAAUAUCGCCCCGGAACGGCCUUUGGCGCCCCCGGUGCUGUUGCCAUGUCUCCUCAGUCCAGCCAGGGCUGGAUGGCCACGACCUCCGAUGUCCAGGACCGGUCGCGACCGAACAGGAGUCCUACCUACCGCAAUUCUUCUCCCCUGCACGUCCGGCGGGACGGCAUCCGGAAGAAGAACGCCAGAUUUGAAAUCCCUGCUGAGCGUACGCUGAGCAACAUCGAUCAAUUGAUCGGCCAGUCCACCAACGAAGAAGAAAUCAAAGAACUCAAGCAGCAGAAACGCUUGUUGAGGAAUCGACAGGCUGCGCUUGACUCCCGGCAACGCAAGAAGCUCCACACUGAAAAGCUGGAAGAGGAGAAGAAACACUUCUCUAAUGUUAUCAGUGAGCUUGAGGAAGCUCUGCACAGCAUGAAGCUGAGGGAAGCCGAGCUCCUCCGCGAGAAGGGAGAGUGGAUGACCGCCCAGCAGCAGAUCAACCAGUACAUUGAGAACCUGCACAUGGACAAGGACGAACUUAUCCGGCAACAUACCUUGGAGACGGCCGAGCUCCGCAAGAAGAACAACAUCCUCCGCGAGGCUGUUGAGAAACUUGAGAGCCAGGCUAGAGUCUCCAACCCAACCACCUUCACCAACGAGUUUUCCGACUUCGAGAACCUCACCAUGGACAACAGCCCGUGGGAGGACUUCUCCAUGGUCAACAGUCUUUCUCUUGAGACCGAGGCCGUGUCUGCUCCUGAAAACUCUAUGGUCGUCGUCUCGAAGCCUGAGAAGGCCUCUGACAAGCCUUCGUCCCAGGUUGAGUAUCCCUUCAGCUGGAAUGCUUUCUACAUGUGCCUCCUGUUUGGUGCUUUCAUCGCCUCGAAUAGCUCAUCCCUCUCGAACCGUGCCAUCCCUCAGCUCUCCGAGGAGUACCGCGCCGAGUCUGCGAACGUCCUCAAGGCUGUUCUGGCCUCCGCGCCCCCAGAGGUCAUGCAGUCCAACAACAACAACAACAAUGCUGCGGUUUCGGCAUCAGCUACUACUGGUCUCCCUACCACCAUCAGUGGUGCGGAGAUGGCGCAGAUGACUGGCACUGGACCAACCUCGAACCUGGAUGAGCUUCACAACACUCUCGCGAUGCCUAGCAAGGAGCAGGAGCACCAACAGGUCUUUGCUCUCAAUGCUGAUCAAUACAAUUCCUUGACUACCUUUGAAGACGAUGUUGAUUUCAAGCCUCAGCAACCCUCCAACCUGCAACAAGCCCUCGCUGCCAUGCGAAGUAACGGGGCCAACAACAGAAUGGAGACUAAGGCCACAUCUGAAGUCUACUCGAGGUCACUCCUGUGGGAUCGGGUCCCUGAAAAGGUGGUCCGCGACUUCAGGAGAAUGGUCAGGGAAUGCGGUGCGGGCCCCAUCAAAGAGGAGCAACGGGACGACUUUUGCCAGUCGUGAACAGCAGUGGAUGAGUACUAGGAGUGCUUUCGCUUAGAUGCACUUUCCCUUCUUCCUUUCGUCCCCAGCUGGAACGCCCAUAUGUUUCUGGCUCUUUUGAAGAUUCCUUUUAUCGGCCUUCUUCGGAUUCUAGAAUUAUCUGAUCUGAUCUGAUCAGGCUAAGGCUAGGCAGGCCUAGUCAGCCCAGCAUAUUACGUUCUUGUGGUUUAUCCCACCCACCCCUUUUUGUUACUAUCUCUUUUUCUGAGAUUCGAUUCAGCACUACGUGCUUGAAUGAUGCCUCCAGCUAGAAUGGGGAAGAGGCAGAACUCAACGCAUGCUUAGUUAGCUAGUGGCCCGACGCCUUCGACAUUUCCUUUGUUUUAUGUUCAUGUCACGUAUUGCAUGAUGGACGGUCUGUGCGAUUUAGCGAAUUGUUUGAUUAGCCAAUUUUCCUCAUUGUCAUUCAGCUCUGGGAGGUGUUCUGGCGUAUUUCUCUGCCU